AUUGUGAUUGCAGUCGUACUGAUGAUGGUUUGGUAUUUUACAGGUGAUCGCAGACCGCAGCUGGAUAUUUUGACCACGACGACCAGGAUAACCCCCAGCCCGAUCCCCGAGACGUUUAGGACUCCCCCUUGUUGCCUGACCCCGAUGAUGAUGGUGAUGAGUCUCCGGAUCUGUGGGCAUUUCGGCAGAGGAGUCCGAGGGCUAUCAACGACACCGCGGCUGAGGACCUUCUGUUGGGGCCCUGGCCCGUGUUGGAGGCGGUCCUCAUGGGGAUUCUACUACCGCCGUCUCCGCCACCGCCGUGGCCCGCAACCCACAGGCUCCCCUUCCGGCCCAUGCCGAUUCCUCAACCCCGGGCUAUUCCGAGGAUCGCUAUCACCCCUGCCCAGUCCCCCUCAGACACGUCCCGGUCCUCCAGCGGAUCCAAUGUUGCGACCCUCGUCCCGGUCCAACCCUGUGCCUCAGCGGAUCGAGCCAGCACUUGUAGAAGGCCUCCUACAGCUGAGCCAGAGGUGGAUGUGGCACGGCAGAGGAUACGGGAACUGGUGCUGGACCAUUUCCUUCAGACGCAUGCUCCCAUGGAGUGCAACAUGGGGGCCUUGGUGUCGAUCUCCACCCUGAGGGUCGAGCUUAGGGACAUACUCUGGCUCAUCGACCAUCUUCUCGACGAAACGCCCUGUGACCAGAGCCUCCGUAUAUCGGACGCACUUUGGAGGGAAGUGCGCUCGUCAUUGGAGGGUCUGCUCGUCGG